ACCAUUCCUAGUCACAACAAUAAAAAUGGCGGACAAGCGCUGACUCCUUAGUUACACACACAAGCCAUUCAACGAGCACACGUCUACAAAGAAGACUGAGAAUUGCGUCGUCUUUCAAGACGCGUCGUCGUCGCGGAGCACGGAAAAGCAAACGCGACCGCCUCAGAGAGCGCCGGCCCGUAUAACGUAGUCCGUGCGGUCUUCAGAAGGUGGCGGGUCGCUUGGAUUUGAACGCCGUUCCCAAGUUUGGAGGAAGAAAAGGGCGCACUUCUGUUGAAAAGGAGCACGUCCGCUGGGAAAAGCAAGCGGCUAAAUGGUUAUGAAGUUCUAAGGGCUGGAGGCUUGGUCGGUAUCAUUGGAGCAUGAGGAAGCCUGUGCCGCAGAAAGCUAUAGAAUGGAAAGAUGCCAGAAGGAUCAAACAUGCCCGGAGUGGACGGCCCUCCCGGCUGCCUUCCCUGUUCCAAGGACAUUUCAGUUGGGAGAAGUACUUAAAAGAUACGGGUGCCAGCGCAGCACCGGCUUCAUGCUUCCGUCAGAGCCUUACACCGCCAGUCAAUGAGUUCAAAGCGGGUAUGAAGUUGGAAGCUCAGGACCCGCGCAACACCACGUCCACCUGCAUCGCCACAGUUGUGGGCCUGACAGGGUCGCGACUCCGCCUGCGCCUGGACGGCUCCGACAACAAGAACGACUUCUGGCGCUUGGUGGACUCGUCCGAGAUCCAGCCCAUCGGCAACUGCGAAAAAAGCGGCGGCAUGCUGCAGCCACCGCUUGGUUUCCGUCUCAAUGCAUCCUCCUGGCCUUUGUUUCUCUUGAAGACACUAAAUGGAGCUGAGAUGGCGCCUCCACGCAUCUUUCACAAGCAGGAGCCUCCUGCACCAGAACAGAACUCCUUUCAAGUAGGGAUGAAGCUGGAGGCAGUGGAUCGCAAAAACCCUCACUUUAUCUGCCCGGCAACCGUGGGUGCAUUACGCGGCGUGGAGGUGCAGGUCACCUUCGACGGCUGGCGGGGAGCGUUCGACUACUACUGCCGUUAUGACUCGCGCGACAUCUUCCCUGUCGGCUGGAGUGCACUUACCGGGGAUAACCUGCAGCCACCCGGAACAAAAGCACUGGUUCCAAAGAGCAUUGGGCCAUUAACAGACAGCACUGUGGAGAGCUCGGCCAUGCACACACCACCUGUGGUUAGCAAACCCACUGGUCAAAGGGGGCGCAAACCUGGUCGCAGAAAAGGCAAGCAGUCUUGGAGUCAGAAGGCCUCAGCCUCAGGACCACCAAGUAUCCAGACAUCCAAAAGCUUGGAGGCUGUCAAUAUUCCCAAGAAACGUGGACCAAAGCCUGGACGGAAGCUGAGCUGGGUCAAGAGAGCCGACUUUUUGCCUGACGCAAUGCCUGGCCGGCCUACGGCAGGUCCAGGACGACCCCGUGGUAGACUACCGGGCAACUGGGCACAGAGGAUAGCUUUGCCGCAGACACAGGACAUGCCUGUCAAGAUCCCGAAGAAGAGAGGGCCAAAGCCUGGCAGCAAGAGAAAACCUCGCCUGGUACCUAAUCCAGCCCCCACGUCUCCAACCAGCAGUACCCCAGAGCCCGACACCAGCACUGUCCCCCUUGACAACGCUACUAUCCCCAAAUCUGCACUACAGGCCCCAACAGUGUGCAUCUACUUGAACAAGUAUGGCAAGGUCGGGCCCCACCUGGACCAGCGCCGCAUCCAGCAGUUACCAGACCACUUCGGUCCCGGCCGGGCGGCGUCGGUGCUUCAGCAGUGCGUCCAGGCCUGCGUGGACUCCGCCCACAACCAGGCCACCGUUUUUACCUGCCUCAAGCCUGGUCACGGGGGUGAGGUUAUUUCAGCCUACUUCGAGAAGCAGCAGCACACACUGACGCUGCCCACCGUUAGCAGUGUCACUUACGUUCUCCGAUUCCUAGAAAAGCUUUGCCACAACCUACACUGCGACUUGCUGUUUGGUAGUCAGCCUGUGGCUAGAGAAAGCCUACACUACGAUGGACGUACCUUUACGACAGACACGAGAGGUUCAUCAGACAACUUGACCACAGGUCCAAGUCUAGGCACCAAGAGGCUCCCUCAAGACCCGUACAAAAGCCCCUUGCCCUCAAAACCGGCCAAGAUCUCUAGGCCGUCCAUCAAUGGGGAAUCCAUGGAAAGCAGCGCUGUGGCGGCAACGUUCGAGCACUCAAACAAAAGUCCCCUCUCCCCGAGCUCGUUGACACAAAAGUCGGACAGUCGUGUGCGUCACACAAGCUCAUCAGGUUUGGGGUGUUUUGGCGAAAGCGGUCAGGAUCCCAACUUGUGGAGCGUUAGCGAUGUCAUGCGCUACAUUAAAGACAUCGACCCCAUGCUUGCACCACAUGCUGACCUGUUUAGAAAACACGAAAUUGACGGCAAGGCGCUGCUGCUGCUACGUAGCGAAAUGAUGAUGAAGUACAUGGGGCUGAAGCUGGGCCCCGCCCUCAAACUCACCUUCCACAUUGACAAGCUGAAACGCGCCUGAGGGAGAGGACAAGCAGCAAGUACUGAGGUCGCCUUUUAAAGGUCUUUACUUAAUUCCAAGAGCACUAUUUGACACGAAACAUUAUUGGCUGCAUUCUUUGGAACCACGUCCGCCUCAUCCAAUGAGGAUGCUUUACAGUAUUUUAUGUAGCACAAUCCAGCCCCAAGGCAGCAUGGGAUAAUUAGUUUCUGUUUUUGUGUUGUUGUUUUUCUUUUUUAAUCAUUAUUAAUAUUAUUAUUUGACUUAAAGUUCAUUACAGGCAGUUUAAAUGGCCUGAUUGUAUAUUUUGCCUUUUGUACUUUGAAAAUAAUGCAUUUCCCCUUUUAUUAAAAGAAUGCUUAAUGAUAAAAUCACUACAUUCAGUCCCAUUAGUUAGGAAUGCUGUUAACAAAUGGAGACACUCACAACAAUAACAACAGCAAGAUUAAUUAUCUUUUUAUUCCUAAUGGAAAAACUAUAAUAGUUCUGCAAUGACAAAAUCUUAUUGUUCUUGUAUAUUACCUUCUUUUCCUAAAGGAAAAACUAUAACAGUUCUACCAUUACAAAAUGUCAUUGUUCUUGUUAUGGAUGUUGUUUACAUUGUCUGAACUUUGUUAUUUGUACUUUCUUUUUUUAUGUUUUGAUACUAUCUAAUUAGAGUUCUCACAUGACAAACUAUCAUGUGUUAACCCUACUUAAUAAAUAUAUAA